AUGGAAGCACCGGAGAUGCUAGCUAUGCGAAUAACUCAGUAUAUCAGGUCGGUCUGUUCGUCUCUCUCCAUACGCGAACACAAUUUGGGGAUCAAAACGAGCAUCCCUAAGAAAGCAAUCCAGAAUUGCUUCCAAUUGCUUUACUUCACCAUUCAUGCGGCGACGAUCGAGAAUUUCCUUCGCAAGGACGCGCCGGAUCAGAUCCGAUGGCGAUCUUCCCCAUUGUCUAUCAGAGAACCCAUACACUCGAAUCAAAGGAAAGAACAGCGAUCUUCCCCGUUCUCUGUCUUAGAACCCACACGCUCGAAUCAAAGGAAAUCCCUCUCUUGCGCUCUAGAUUACCUACUCGAUUGUGGAGAAAAACUCAAAGCAAUUUUUAUUUCUCAUUUUUUUGGGUGUGUUCAAAUGGGGGGCUUGGUUGACGGGCGGCGGGAUGUUCAAUCCUUGAGGGUCAUCGCCUGUACCGGCGUUGAUGCAUCUAAACAAGUCAAGCACUUCCUCUUGCAGAAAAUAGCGACACUUAAGGCAUGGUCUAUUCUGAAAGACACCCUCGAGAAUGCAUACAAGGAUACCUUUCCCGAAUGCUAUAAGAUAGCGGAUCUGGGUUGCUCUUCAGGGCCGAAUACAUUCUUGGUAAUCUCUAAAAUUAUCAACACAGUUCAAAGUUUGUCCCAGCAAAAUCAAGGGCAAGAGUUUCAAAUCUUUCUGAAUGAUCUUCCAAAGAAUGACUUCAACACACUUUUCGACUCGUUGCCAGCAUUCUACGACAAGAUUAACGGGAGAAUGACGGCAAUUUAG